CGACGUGCCCGGCUCCAACUAAAAAAAAAGUGAGCUAGACACGUUCAGAAGAUAGGAGAGAGAGAGAGGGAGAGCGAGCGAGAAGGAGAGUCAGGGACAGGCAGUGCUGAAAAGGAGAGCACAAAGAGAAGGAAAGUGGAGCAGGGGAGGGGAACAGGAGGCUGGGAGAAGGGAGAGGGAAAGACAAAAGAAGGAGAGGGGAGACGUAGCAGGGUGAAGCGGAGGGGACUGAGCAAAUGGCUACGGAGGAGACGGCGGGGGGAGCCAGGAAAGCCACCAAGAGCAAACUGUUUGAGUUCCUGGUCCAUGGAGUGCGUCCUGGCAUGCCGUCUGGAGCGAGGAUGCCCCACCAAGGAGCCCCCAUGGGUCCCCCUGGGCCACCGUAUGGUGGGAGUCCAGCAGUGCGGCCCGGCCUGCCCACCCCGGUGAUGGAGCCGAGUCGUAAGCGGCCCGCUCCAGCCCAGGUCCAGCAGCAGCAGCAACAGCAACAGCAGCAACAACAGCAGCAGCAGCAGCAGGCCGUGCAGAACCGCGCCAGGAAGAAGCCAGUUGGAUUUCCCGGAGCCAGCGAGAUGCCGGCGAGGCAGAUGGACAUGAGAGAGCCCCAAUCAGAUCCCACCCUUGGAUCAAAUGCUAAGAGAAGGAAAAUGGCAGACAAGAUUCUUCCGCAAAGGAUCCGGGAACUGGUACCUGAAUCUCAGGCCUACAUGGAUCUACUGGCUUUUGAGCGCAAACUGGACCAAACCAUUAUGCGUAAACGCGUCGACAUCCAGGAAGCUCUGAAGAGACCGAUGAAGCAGCAAAAGCGUAAACUAAGGCUCUAUAUUUCAAACACGUUCAACCCAGCUCGACCUGACGCUGAUGACUCAGAUGGCAGCAUUGCAUCAUGGGAGCUGAGGGUAGAGGGAAAGUUGCUGGAUGAUCCGGGGAAGCAGAAGAAGAAGUUUUCUUCCUUUUUUAAGAGCUUGGUGAUCGAGCUGGACAAAGAGCUGUACGGUCCGGACAACCACCUGGUCGAGUGGCACCGCACACCCACCACUCAGGAGACAGACGGCUUCCAGGUGAAGAGACCGGGAGAUGUGAGCGUGCGCUGCACCCUGCUGCUGAUGCUGGACUACCAGCCUCCCCAGUUUAAGCUGGACUUGCGCCUGGCGCGCCUGCUGGGCAUCCACACUCAGACUCGCUCCUGCAUCAUUCAAGCCCUCUGGCAGUACGUGAAGACCAACAAGCUGCAGGACUCGCAUGACAAAGAGUACAUCAACUGUGACAAGUACUUCCAACAGAUUUUUGACUGUCCUCGCCUGAAGUUCUCCGAGAUUCCUCAGCGCCUCACUAACCUCCUGCUACCGCCCGACCCCAUCGUCAUCAACCAUGUGAUCAGCGUUGACCCAAACGACCAGAAGAAGACGGCCUGCUACGACAUUGACGUGGAGGUGGAAGAUCCCCUCAAGAGCCAGAUGAGCAGCUUCCUGCUCUCCACUGCCAACCAGCAGGAAAUCGCCUCCCUCGACAACAAGAUUCAUGAGACCAUUGAGUCCAUCAACCAGCUGAAGAUCCAACGGGACUUCAUGCUCAGCUUCUCCAGAGAUCCCAAAGGCUACAUCCAAGACUGGCUCAAGUCCCAAAGCCGAGACCUCAAGUUGAUGACCGACGUGGUGGGAAACCCUGAGGAGGAGCGGAGGGCGGCAUUUUACCACGAACCCUGGUCCCAGGAGGCGGUCAGCCGCUACUUCUACUGCAAGAUCCAGCAGAGGAGACAGGAGCUGGAACAGGCCUUAGCAGUCCGCAACACCUAAAGCAGAAGGCCCUCCUGAAGUUCUGCCUCUGGAUUUUCAAGCUGUGUGUGUGUGUUUGGAUUUUUGUGAGUGUGUGUGUGAGGCCAGCAGCGAAGUCUAGAUCUUUAGCUGAACCUAAAGAAGUCCACAUUCAGUUUGUCAACAGUUUUGAAGCUAAAAAGGACUCAACAGGUUUGUCAGACCCAGAUAAGGAUGCACUUCCCGUUUGAAAAGACCAUAAAGUAAUCAUCGUUAGCAGCACUGUUGGCCCUCAGAGGCUCGACUUUGUAAAUAUGUCCCGCAAAAACUGUCGACCAGCUGCUCACACAGCUCCAUGUUUGUGCUCUGGACGAGUCUAACUACGCACAUUUUUUUUUAUUUCUCCUCAUUUGAAUCCUAUUUUUUUAAGGGUUAAUUAAUAACACCAGCAAAAUAUGAGAUUACAGUUUUCUGGGUGGUUGCAGAUUAUAAAACAUGACCUGUUGGUUGCAUUCAUUGUUUCUCCACCAUGUUUAGUUUGCUUAAAAAAAAGAGACUGCGAAGUUUAAGUAUUACCAUGCUAUCAGCAGUUUAUGACAGAAGUUUACAUGCACUCAUCACUACCGUAAGGAUUAUAUUAACUGUGUUCCAUGGUGAAUAGUUUUUAUGUUAAUUUCUCCUUGGUGAACUAAUUGUUCAACAACUUUAACUUUUUAAAAACAAGAUUUGGGAAAUGUCAAGUUAAUACAAUUUUAUCUAAUUCACAUGAGGUCAAAACUUCACAUGCAUGCUCUUAUAUAUACAUACAAACCCCCUGAACACCAUCGAUAAGUUAAUUAAAUUUUUCUGGCUGAAUAUUUAACAAGUUUUCUUGGCAAAAUACACACAAUUUUUGUAUUGUGGUCCAGCACAGGACUCUGAUCCCAAACAUACUUUAAAACUAAGGCUGGGAUUAAAAUUUUGCUUAAUUAAUUACUUUGAUUUUAAAAUGUUAACACAACUAUUUAUUUAUUUAUUUUAUUUUACAUUUUGUUCCUGCGGGAACCUUUGUAUUUGUGCGUUUCUAGUACCUCGUAAAUCCAACAUCAUCGGCAAACAUCAGCAAUGGGUGAUAAUGCUGCUUUUGACCCGCUGGGAGUUCAUUUUUGCUUCAAAAAUAAUCUUAUGAGAUGCUACCAGGCUAACAUCAAGCUUCUGAAACUUUUUGUAGACUGCACUUAUAUUUGAACUGGUGCCAGUUCCAAAUUCAGAACCAAUUCAGCCAAGAAAAGUAGUAGCCAGAACUACAAUAUAUGAAAUGCUUCCUGAUGCUAUGGGAAGCUAUGUGUUUGUGGGUUUGUAUGUACAGAUUGAGCCUUUUCAUUAUUAAUCAUUCACAUAAGAAACCUAAAAUUAUCACCAUGGUGAAUGUCUAUAAACUUCUGACCAGAACAGUUGCUGGAAAACAAUAUGGUGUGAGGAUCGUAUUUUUUUUUUUUUCCUUUAAUCAUGUCACUGUGAUGGAAAUAAUCCCUUUUGUGUGUUUUUAAGAUCAGUGUUUCAAAAGUUUUACCAAAGGAUCCAACAAAAAGAAGCAGAGAACAAAAACUGGACAAAAACACAGAUCUGUGUUUUAAAAAAAUAUUAACUGAGCAGCAUUAGCAGUUAAGUCCAGGUCUGUUGCAUUUUACAUUUUCUAUGUUAUUCAUGCACAGAGAAGGAAAAAAAGAAUAACGAAGGUUAGUUUGUUGGAGAUUUGAAUGUAAAUAUGUUUUGGUGUCCAGCUGUACAGUCCACAUCUGUUUGGAUUACAUGUUGCAGAAUGGGAGCUACAUUCGUUUUUAAUUAUUCCCACUUUGGGGAUCGAUUUAUUUUUGUGUCUUACAGUGGGAGCUUCAUCAAAAAUCAGUCUCAAUAGCUGCAACAGAAUAUAAUCUGCACCAAUCUCAUUUUACAUGUUUUUUAAUGACUUGUAUGUAUAUGUUGUACUGUCAAUUAGAUUAUUUGUUUUUGGAUGGGAGGGUUACUUUGCACUGUGGUGUAAACUCUUUGUCGGGACUCUCUUUUGUGGGUGAAACCCUCUUUAUAAUCCCAGCGUACACAAAAAUCGACCUAUGCAUGCUCCAUGAACAUGGAUCAAUACAUCUGAUGUGGCUGUCAGUGUAAAUAUUAAGAGGUCUGCAUAGAUGUGUACGUAGCCAAGGCAAGACUCGGCAGGUUUGCUGAUGGCGCCUUCUGGAAAUUGUUUUUUUGCCAAAAAAGAAGAAAAUAAUAAUAACUUGUCCUACCAGCAACUAACUAACUGUAGGUGUGAGCUGUAUGUUUUCAUUACUGGGACUAAGUUAUAUUCACUGCACUGUGUAGGUAGCUGUAGCUAGGAAAUCAGUCCCUGUCUCACCUGGAGUUUCUUUUUGUUCUUUUUGUUUUUCUUCUAUUCAUAGCAUGCCCAGGACAUUUAUAACGUUGUCACUGAAUCACUAACCCCCUCUUGUGGAGGACACCUGGAGCUGCAACUCCUCUACAACAGAAUCAUCACUACUGUAUUAGUCUGUCACCUAUCCCUGUCCAUUCUGUUGCAUGUGGGUCUGAGGAGGGGGAGCUACUCUCUCUUUGUUUACACUGAGGGUCACCGACAGGAGGUUAAUAAUAAUAAUAAAUAAUAAUGCUGUAUAUCUCUAAAGGGUUUCAUGAUCAUGUUCUGUAAAGAAAAAGAGGGGAAUACAGCUGUAACAUUGUGAGACAGCCUGGAUGUAAAUAAAGAAGCGCUUGCCAAAGUUUGUAAAUGCCA